AUGUCUGGCCGUGGAAAGGGUGGCAAGGGCCUCGGAAAGGGUGGUGCCAAGCGUCACCGCAAGAUUCUUCGUGACAACAUUCAAGGUAUCACGAAGCCCGCUAUUCGUCGUCUCGCCCGUCGUGGUGGUGUCAAGCGUAUCUCGGGUCUUAUCUACGAGGAGACCCGCGGUGUUCUUAAGAUCUUCCUCGAAAACGUUAUUCGCGACUCUGUAACAUACACCGAGCACGCGAAGCGGAAGACCGUUACUGCUCUCGAUGUCGUCUACGCUCUGAAGCGCUCAGGGCGUACAUUAUACGGUUUCGGUGCAUAG